AUGGCUCCUCUCGUGAGAGAUAUAUUGGCCUUUCACAAAAUCGACCGCGCUUUGUAUGACAAGUUCGUCGCCCACGGAACAAACCCGCAACUCGCGCGUAACGUGGUUACGCUGAUCAUGUGGCUCGAUUUGAUCGGCAUCAACAUCGUCGGCUUCACGAGAGAGCUCCAAAACCACGCCGAGAUCGUCCGAUUCGUGUCCGAGUCCGAGGUGGUCCUCAAUUGCCUGCGCCAGGACUCGCCGCCGCUUUCCCCCAAAGGCGGCGCCUACGCGGAAAUACCGACCAUCUCUUCGCUCGCGAGAGAGUCCUUCGACCUCCGCUUCUUCCUCUUCCACCAGGACAUGGUGGUGCGGGGGCUCGCGCAAUUGCUCGACGGCGUCGGCACUGUGAUCUUCGACGACGGCUUGAACGCGCUGUUCUGGGCCCACGAGGCCGCUGUGAGGGCCGCGGAGGAGGAGGCCAGGUGGAAAGGGUCACGACCGGUGCUCCCCCCUCUCCCGCCCGAGUUGGCGAAGCCCUACUACUCUCGCGGGCUCGCACCGAUGCCCGACGAUUGCCGGUCGAUGUUCAUAACCUUCUCGAAGGGGAAUCCCCUGCGAAGGGACGAAAUCGUAGAGUAUUUCACUGAGAGAUGGGGGGACUGCAUAGAGCGGGUGAUGAUGGAGAGGACGCCGCCCGGAGUGACGCCGAUGUACGGGAGGAUCGUGUUCACGGGUGAGUCGUUCAUCGGGCUCGUGCUCAACGGAGAGCGGCUCGUAAAGUUCAUGAUCAACGGAAGGCAAUUGUGGGCUCGUAAGUACGUGCCGCGAAUCAACUGA